UAAGCUUAAUUGAUUAUGCUUGAUCUUUCCCAGGAAUCACCAAAAGCAGGAAAAAGUGGAAAAAGUUCAAAAGAAGGACAAGACAUAAUAGAAUCAGAGAUUUCCAGCAGGAAAAACAGCCUUGCUGCUGCCUCGCCUACAGUAUCGAGUAAAAUAAAAGUGCCAGUCCCGCAGCCCAUAGUGAAGAAAGAUAAGCGGCAGAAUUCUUCUAGGUUUAGUGCCAGCAAUAAUAGAGAACUUCAAAAACUACCAUCUUUAAAAGAUGUUCCUCCUGCUGAUCAAGAGAAGCUUUUUAUCCAGAAGUUACGUCAGUGUUGUGUCCUCUUUGACUUUGUUUCCGAUCCACUAAGUGACCUAAAGUGGAAGGAAGUAAAACGAGCUGCGUUAAGUGAGAUGGUAGAAUACAUCACCCACAAUCGGAAUGUGAUCACAGAGCCUAUUUACCCAGAAGUAGUCCACAUGUUUGCAGUUAACAUGUUUCGAACAUUACCACCUUCCUCCAACCCUACGGGAGCAGAAUUUGACCCAGAGGAAGACGAACCAACGUUAGAAGCAGCGUGGCCUCAUCUACAGCUUGUUUAUGAAUUUUUCUUAAGAUUUUUAGAGUCUCCAGAUUUCCAACCUAAUAUAGCGAAGAAAUAUAUUGAUCAGAAGUUUGUAUUGCAGCUUUUAGAGCUCUUUGACAGUGAAGAUCCUCGAGAGAGAGAUUUUCUUAAAACUACCCUUCACAGAAUCUAUGGAAAAUUCUUAGGCUUAAGAGCUUACAUCAGAAAACAGAUAAAUAAUAUAUUUUAUAGGUUUAUUUAUGAAACAGAGCAUCACAAUGGCAUAGCAGAAUUACUGGAAAUAUUGGGAAGUAUAAUUAAUGGGUUUGCCUUACCACUAAAAGAAGAGCACAAGAUUUUCUUAUUGAAGGUGUUGCUCCCUUUGCACAAAGUGAAAUCUCUGAGUGUCUACCAUCCACAGCUGGCGUACUGUGUAGUGCAGUUUUUAGAAAAGGACAGCACCCUCACUGAACCAGUGGUAAUGGCACUCCUCAAAUACUGGCCAAAGACCCACAGUCCAAAAGAAGUCAUGUUCUUAAAUGAAUUAGAGGAGAUUCUCGAUGUGAUUGAGCCAUCAGAAUUUGUGAAGAUCAUGGAGCCUCUCUUCCGGCAGUUGGCCAAAUGUGUCUCCAGCCCGCACUUCCAGGUGGCGGAACGAGCACUGUAUUACUGGAAUAACGAGUACAUUAUGAGUUUAAUCAGUGACAAUGCAGCCAAGAUUCUGCCCAUCAUGUUUCCAUCCUUGUACCGCAACUCGAAGACCCACUGGAACAAGACAAUACAUGGCUUGAUAUACAAUGCGCUGAAACUCUUCAUGGAGAUGAACCAAAAGCUAUUUGAUGACUGCACCCAACAGUUUAAAGCAGAGAAGCUGAAAGAGAAGCUAAAAAUGAAGGAACGAGAAGAAGCAUGGGUUAAAAUAGAAAAUCUAGCCAAAGCAAACCCCCAGUACACAGUGUGUAGUCAGCCGAGCACCGUGAGCGUUCCGGUUGCAAUGGAGACAGAUGGGCCUUUAUUUGAAGAUGUGCAGAUGCUGAGAAAGACAGUGAACGAAGAGGCUCGCCAGGCCCAGAAAGAUCUGAAGAAGGACCGGCCCCUCGUGCGUCGCAAGUCUGAGCUGCCUCAGGACCUCCACACCAAGAGCGCCUUGGAGGCUCACUGCCGAGCCGAUGAGCUGGUCUCCCAGGACGGGCGCUAGCCCCUGAGGACCGCGGCAGGCUGGGGAUGCCACUUCUUUUCUGGAUUCUGUAGAAAAUACAUACUUUUUGUGCCAUACAAAUCAGUUACACUCAAAGUCAGAGCUUUCUUCGACCCCGUUCUGUAGGCAAUAACGUACUGCCGCCUCAGCUCGAGAGUAGGAGUUCAAACAAUGGUGACUUCUCAGAUCCGUGUGCAGAGCCGGGGCCGCUGACGGUGUCCCCACCACGUCGUUGUGACCCCGGCACAGCCCCAGAUAAGACUCUUGCCCAGAAUCAGAGCUAAGGAAAGCACCCUGGUCAUCCUCUUCACGUUCUACCCAAAUGGAAUUCGUGAUCAUUCAGAAUAGGUGGUUCUAUGAUACUAUCAAUGUUUUUCAAAUCAAAGGAACACUUUGAAAAAGUAUUACAUAUUUUUUAAGACUUUA